ACGUUUUAAAAGAAAUAAAAUAUUUGUAAAAAUCUUAAAACACUAAUGUUUAUUAUUGCAUGCUACCAUUUCAGAGUAAUUAAACGAAUAAUAUAAUAAGAUUACAAAAAUCAUAUAAUUAUAAUCGUUUUAGGUUUAUUCGAAUGAAGGCAGGCAGCACAUGUGAUCACUUGUUGGUAAUUCCUCUUACCAUAAGUUGUUGAUGUUUGUUUAUAUCGUUUAUAUUUUAAUAAAAAAUGAUUGCACUAGACACAUCAGUUAAACUCGGAAAAUCCCCGAAAAAACCACAAGUUGAAUUACGAGAAGACAGUGAUGACAGUGGACAAGAUAGCAGUGAUGACACCAUGGAAUCAGAAACACAAGAAUUGGAAGGUGCUGGAAACGGAUUCAGAGAAACAGAAUCCGAGGAAGAAGAAACCAAUACUCACAAAGUUGAUGGGAAUCCCAGUUGGGCAGAUGCUAUGCAAAAGAUUUUGAGGACGAAGAAACCAAAGCGCAAAAAAACCAUAGUAUUGUCCAAAGCUAAGAAGCUAUGUGAUGUUAUAAAACAGGACAAAAGUGAAGCACUAAGUUUUGAUAUUGAGAAAGUAGAUGGGGAAAUGAAAUCUGAGAAUCUAGACGAUGUCAAUAGUACUGCAGAAAAGCCAUCGAAACAAGUAAAAGAAAAAAGAAAAGAUCAUUUAGGUAUCAGAGUGAAACCCAGCAUAACAGACAGGGAGCGUGAAAGAAUGUUGCAGAAAAUAGCAACAAAAGGCGUGGUACAAUUGUUCAAUGCUGUAAAACAACAGCAGGGUGAAAUUAAGAAAAAGUUAGCAGAGGCUGGUCCAUUAGAAAGAAAACGGGAGCAAGUACUUAAACGCAUUGAUAAGAAUUCGUUCUUGGAUGUUCUUAUGGGUGGAAGCAAAAGUAUUAGCGUAGAUAAUGAUGUGAAGGAUGAAGAACAACAGAAGGAGAAAGAAACGUGGAACGUUUUGAGGGACGAUUUCGUAAUGGGAACGAAGUUAAAAGAUUGGGACCGUAAAAAUAACGAGGACGAGGACUCAUCGGCGCCAGAAGAUAUGGACAGUGAUAAUUAAAUUAUAUAAAAAUGUAAGAUAUUUUUCAUCUUGUAACGAUGCAAUUGUUAUUAAGUAUAACAUUAAAAUUGAGUAAAAUUACAGUUUUAAAUUUAGAAAA